AUGCAACAAAUUAAAACGAGCUAUGCCAUAACUGCAUACUGUUUUAAACAAUCGUCUCCAAUCUUCUGCCAUACCAUUUUACAUCGUCUGCCUCCUCAUCAUCCGCGCUUAACCUUGGGGCUUCUUCUCGUGCUUCCCUUCACAAUAGCCAGCCACCUCCAGGAUGACAUGAACGCCCAAGUGAAAAGAGUUGAUUUCGAUCUUCUCAGCAGGCAGGGGGCCAACACUUGCAGACCCAGUAGUAGCUCCAUGUUCGGUGGACAGCACGACAACUGCAGCGCUGUAUGCUUGGAAGAAGCCGAGAGAGCAAGACCAGAACCUCUACGGAUGCAGUCAUACAAAUAUCCAGAAGCGGGGAACGAAGAAAUAGCAGCAAGAGCAGUUGAGUUGGGGGAGAAAGAUACGCUAGAUUGUGAGCUGAACGAGCUGCUUAACUGUAAAUGCAAAGAGCAUGAGAUUGAGCAGCUCCUUCAAGCAGUUCCCGGCCUCUUUCUCUACCAACCUCAUCAUAAGCAUCAUCAUCAGCAGCAGCAACAGAUGCUGAUGAGCAGGCACGAUUUCGGGCUGCCUCAGGCGCCCUAUCUCUUUCCACCCUGUAAUCAAUGGCUGACGCCGGCUCGCUGUGGUGCAACAGGUUUUGCGGCUUCUAGAUUAAAUCAAAGCCACAUCACAAACGCGACAUCAGAAGGCACCACCACGGACGAAACUGGUCGCCAGGUUGUCACCAGUCAGUCGGUUCCACACACACAACAAUUGUUCUUCUUUACCUCCUGUUUCCCACCUCUGUCCGGGCAGAAGUGUCACCAUUCAAACUCGCAAUCACCUGCUAAAACCGUGGCAAGCAAUGAUAGAAAUAUUUCAACUAUAUCUGCUACACUCUCGACUCCAUCAACCACAAGGACAACUGCUACAUCGCUUGCUUUAAUUACAGAAGUAGGCUCUUCGUCUGUUGCCUUUUCAAAUACAGGACAGCAAGCUUAUUUAAACGCUUCUGCUGAUAAGUCAAGUGAAUGUCGGCAUUGGCAAUCAGGCCUUAAAAUCAACUAG